AUGUCUUCUCCAUUCCAUGGUGACACACCAACUAGUGCAAGACCAACAGAUUCGUCUCCCCCACCUUCAUCGAUUGGCGCUGGGUUUGGCAGUAGUUCACAAGUAUUUGAUUCACAGUCCGGUAUUGCUAGCAAUUCAAGGAUUCAAUUCCCUAGCUCAUCCCAGGGCCAUACAUUUUCAUCACAACAAAGACCUUCACAGGAAACCGAGGAAGAUAUACCAGCUGAUUUGCCACUGCAGGGUCUAAGAAGAAGAGCAGUCAACUAUGUCAAGAAAGUGGACGAUGUCACUGGUGAAAAAGUUAGAGAAGCCUUCGAACAGUUCUUAGAGGAUUUUUCCGUCGCAAAUGAAGAAACUGGUGCUGUGGAUAAGGUGUAUAGAGCUCAGGUCGAAUUCAUGAAAAUUUAUGACCUUAAUACCAUCUAUAUUGAUUACCAACACUUAUCGAGCAGAGAAAAUGGUGCUCUAGCCAUGGCUAUUUCAGAACAAUACUACAGAUUUUUACCGUUCUUAACCAGUGGUUUGAAAGGUGUGAUAAAGAAAUAUGCUCCAGAAUUAUUGCUCACUAACGAUUCGAUUAAUAAAGGUGAUCAAAAUGAUGAAAACGACGACGAUGCGGAUACAGGGACACAUCCUAAUUCAGCCGUUGCUACAAAAUCUACAACAAGCUCAAACUCUCCAGAGCAAACAGAACGUCUAUUUCAAAUUGCUUUCUUCAAUCUACCCACUGUUCACAGAAUUCGUGACGUAAAAUCAGAUAAAAUUGGAUCUCUUCUAUGUAUUUCGGGAACAGUAACGAGAACCUCGGAAGUUCGUCCAGAAUUAUACAAGGCAAGUUUUACCUGUGAUAUGUGUCGUGCUAUAAUUGACAACGUAGAGCAAUCAUUUAAAUAUACGGAACCUACUUUUUGUCCAAACCCAUCAUGUGAAAAUAGAGCCUUUUGGACACUAAAUGUUUCCAGAUCCAAAUUUCUUGAUUGGCAAAAAAUUAGGAUUCAAGAGAAUGCUAACGAAAUUCCAAAUGGUUCUAUGCCCCGUACCCUUGAUGUCAUUUUAAGAGGUGACUGUGUUGAGAGAGCCAAACCUGGUGAUAGAUGCAAAUUUACAGGGACUGAUAUCGUGGUCCCUGAUGUUUCUCAAUUAGGGUUGCCUGGUAUCAAACCUAGCUCUUCAAGAGAUAUGAGAGGUAUUGCCAGAUCCUCAGAAGGCUUAAACUCUGGUGUUUCUGGAUUACGUUCCUUGGGUGUACGUGACUUGACUUAUAAAAUGAGUUUCUUAGCUUGUCAUGUCGUUAGUGUUAGUUCAAAUAUUAACAAUAAUCUAUCUGACUCCGAUACACACUCUAGCAACUAUUCUACAGAAUCUGAGUUACAAAUGGCGGCCACGUUACAAGGUAACAAUGUGUACCAGGACUAUGAGAAAGAUCAGGAAGUGUUUUUGAAUAGUUUGACAUCCGAAGAAAUUAAUGAGUUGAAGGAGAUGGUCAAAGACGACCAUAUUUACGAUAAAUUGGUAAAAUCUAUUGCCCCCGCUGUCUUCGGCCAUGAAGCAAUUAAAAAAGGUAUCCUUUUACAAAUGUUAGGCGGUGUCCACAAAAAAACAGUAGAAGGAAUCAAUCUAAGAGGUGACAUAAAUAUCUGUGUCGUUGGUGACCCAUCGACUUCUAAGUCGCAAUUCCUUAAAUAUGUUUGUGGUUUUGCACCAAGAUCGGUUUACACAUCUGGUAAAGCAUCCUCAGCCGCAGGUUUAACGGCAGCAGUUGUAAGAGAUGAAGAAGGUGGUGAUUAUACAAUUGAAGCUGGUGCACUAAUGUUAGCAGAUAACGGUAUUUGUUGUAUUGAUGAAUUCGAUAAAAUGGAUAUCUCUGAUCAAGUUGCCAUUCAUGAAGCUAUGGAACAACAAACUAUCUCGAUCGCUAAAGCAGGUAUUCACGCAACUUUGAAUGCAAGAACUUCGAUUCUUGCUGCCGCAAAUCCAAUUGCUGGAAGAUACAAUAGAAAAUUGUCGUUAAGGGGUAACCUAAAUAUGACUGCUCCAAUUAUGUCAAGAUUUGAUUUAUUUUUCGUUAUCUUAGAUGAUUGUAACGAAAAAAUUGAUACAGAAUUGGCCGCACAUAUUGUUGAUUUACACAUGAAAAGAGAUGAAGCAAUCACAUCACCAUUCACAGGUGAACAAUUACGUCGUUAUAUCAAAUAUGCAAGAACAUUUAAGCCAAUUUUAACAAAAGAGGCAAGGGAAUUUUUGGUUAAAAAGUAUAAAGCUCUUAGAAAAGAUGAUGCACAAGGGUAUAGCAGAUCAAGUUAUAGGAUUACCGUCAGACAAUUAGAAAGUAUGAUUAGAUUAAGUGAAGCCAUUGCAAGGGCGAACUGUGUGGAUGAGAUUACCCCAGCAUUUGUUUCAGAAGCUUAUGAUUUACUGAAGCAAAGUAUUAUUCGUGUUGAUGUUGAAGAUAUUGAAGUUGAAGAUGAGGAAGGACAGGAAAAUGUUCAGGAAAAUAACGAUCAUGAUAAUAAUAAUAAUACUAGUGACGACGACUUACCAAAGCAGACACCAUUACCAAUAUCGAUAAAGGAGGCUAAACCAAAGACUAAGACCACGAUUACAUAUGAUAGAUACGUUACUAUGAUGAAUUUGAUUGUGCAUAAGAUAGCAGAUGUUGAGAGAACCCAAUCGAAAGAGUUAACUGCGGGUGAAAUUGUAGACUGGUAUCUUUUACAGAGGGAAAAUGAUUUGAACUCGGAGGAAGAAUACUGGCAAGAAAGAAAGUUAGCAUUCAAAGUUUUGAAAAGGUUGGUAAAAGACAGAAUACUGAUGGAAAUUAGGGGGACUAGAGACUCCCUAGAAGGAACUGCUGGCCAGCAAGAAUCAAAUAAUGAUAGUGUUGAUUCAAGUAAAGUAGUUUAUGUUAUUCAUCCAAAUUGUGAAAUGUUAGAGACAUUGGAAGAUAGUAGCAAUAUUAGCGGAGCCGACUGA